AUGCAGGCCAUCCAGCAGAAGUGUCGCCCCAAGCACCAGGUCCUCGUGCUCAAGUGCUACCCUCGCACCAACAAGACCACCAUCGAUGUCAAGCCCAACUCGAGCGAGCUGAGCUACCUGCUCUUCUACCUGAUCUCUCGCAAGACAAAGAUCAACAAGGUCGGCGAGUUCCUCGAGAAAAAGACUGCCAGCGAUGUCUGGCACCAGCGCAUUGGCAAUGUCCAAGUCACACUCCAGAUUCUCGAGGCCUUGAUCGAGAAGAGUCCCAAAGACCUUCCCCUAUUCGCCAGGUUUGUGCUCAAGAUCCUGGACCUGAUCCUGCGGUCGAAUGACAUCACUCUGGUCGAGUCCUCCAUCCCGACCUUCGACGCCUUCUGCGCCAACCACGAUGCCUCGUCCCUCUUUGCCGAUCAAGCCUAUCUACGCCAGUACGAGUCUGUCAUCCAACAGUACGCGUCUCUGGCCUCGACACGAGAGCAACAGGGCAAGAACCAGCCGAGCAAGCCGGUAGCCGUGCGAUGGAGGAAUGCGGGUCUGGAGGCCAUCAAGAGCAUCGCGUCUUCUGACGCCCUGUCCUCUGUGGCUGGGCGGCAACUUGAGGUCAUAGUUCCCAUGAUACUGGAGAACCUGUGGACAGACAACGAGGGCUUCCUGGACGUGUUGUUGCAGCGGGCCAACAUGGAGGAGAAGGUGAACACGGAGCAUUUACUAAAGCGGAGGAACAGCAACGCGACCGUGCGCACCACCGAGACUGGCGGAGACCCGAACCCCAUAGCCCUGUCAGGCACGGCUGGGGAUGUCGAUAAACUGGCUGAGGAGGAGACGGGCGUCCUGGCCAUCCAGUGCCUGAAGCAAAUCUUUGUCGUGCCCAACAGACAGCAAAUGCACACGGCCACCACGGCGUUGCUGAAGUUCAUCGAAGAGCGGGUUCAGCAGGACGAGACGGUCGUCAGGACGAGUAGCGGCCAGGACAGCGGGUGGGCGAUCCACCUGUUCGGACUCGUCUCGCGGUGGGCGCCCAUGCAGGAGCGAUACGUGAUUCUGGUCACUGCUAUGGACACCAUGAUUCGGAUACAGCUCAAGGAGGAGACGUUGCAACAGCAUAUCGUCCUGACGGCGAUGAUCGGGUCCCUGCUCCGCUCGGACGUGAACUUGAUUGGGUUGAGUGUGAUGGAUAUAAUGCUGGGCCUUGUACAACAUAUGAAGAGACUGGUGCAGAUGCCGGGCGACCCACACGGCGGCGCGAGCAAGGAGGUGGUUACGCCGGUGGCGCAGCGCAAAGAGCUGUUGGGGCGCAUACAACAAACGAUGGGUGAUUUGGCAACCCAUGUCUACUACAACGAACAGAUCAUCGACAUGGUGUCUGCUCUUCUGCUUCGGCUGAAGCCAUCUAAGAACGCAACCACCGCGAACUCCACAGCCCAGGGCGAGCAAACAGACACAGACACGAAGGCCUCGGACGACCAGCACUCGGAGUCGCCGUUCUUCCUCACAGUCGCUAAGCUCACCGCUUUGAAGGCAGUGAAGGGCAUCUUGAAGAUUGCGAACCCGAAAGUGAAGAUGAGCGGCAGCAUAAGCUUGUCCAGAUAUCCGGUGCCCAUUGAGAAAUGGGAGGGCACUCAGUGGUUGCUCAGAGACUCAGACGGGGAGGUCCGCAAAGCUUAUGUUGACGCUCUUUUGACCUGGCUGGAUCGAGAGACGAAGAAGACGGACCUGAUUGCGAAAGAUGACUUGCGAUCUGGGUUGCAAGUCGAGCCUGCCUCGCCGACCGAUACUCGACGUGCGCGGUCAGCUGCCUCGUACCGAGAACGACCAUCGAAGAGGUCCAAGAGCAGGUUCCUGCAUCUCCUGCACAUAGCCAUCUACGAUAAUGCCCUCCAGUAUCUGGACUACGAUUCGGACGUUGUCCUCCUGCACGUUCUGCUUACGAAGCUCGUAAACCGCCUGGGAGUCAACGCCGUGCGGUUUGGUCUGCCAAUGGUAUUUCGACUACAGGAAGAUAUCCAGGACGCUGAGACCCCUUUACAGAAGGUACGCCUGGGGAGCUUGUGCCAUGGCUACUUCUGGGUGUUGACGGAGAAGUUCGAUUUUGACGCUUCCUUUGUUGGACGCGCAAUUCAGAACGAGAUUAUUCGACGGAGGACGAAGCAACUCUGGGUUGACGGCAUUCAGGUGCCGGCGCCGCCGUUGGAGAAGAUUGGGAUGCCCGGCGUGGUCACGCAGCAAUCUAAGAUUUCGCAGCAAGAGGCAGAGUCCGAGGCACUCCUACCUUUUGACGACCGCCUGUCGCUUGUUGACUGCAUUUGCACAAGCUACCAGGAGGCCACGCUGUCCCCACCGACCAGCCCUGCUGGAUCACCUGGACGCAGCUUCACUCAGCCGAUUCUUGGCUCGGCUAUGAGCAUGAUAUCCCCGACGGAUAGCGAGAGGGAGAUCCCACCCAGCUUCAAGGAGGCGAUGCUGUUCGAAUGGUCGCGCGAGAUAGCCAUAGCAACGGUCCAGGCCGCAAGCAAGUCGGCCUCGCUCAACGGCUCCCGCACCGGGACGAACGGGACCCACCGCAACCGCCUCGGCCUUAAUGGCGCGCUGGCGAACGGACACAAGGACGGUGGCCAGCACACACCUGCUGGUAGCAACCACGACAUGCGGCCACGCUCCCAGCCCGCGCCGGACGGGGGACGCAACCUUGCGCCCUUGCAGAUGAGGACGCGCAAAACCAGUGUCCGUAGCGGUCUCUCGCGCAACCCUGACGGGGUUUCGACCCCAGAGGAGAACACUACAUCCGUCAGCCAGAUGAAGAAGAUCCUGUCUGGUGAAAUGCCUGCUCCACCCCUCACGGCCGGCGCACGCGACGUCAGCAGCAGCGAAGACAGCCUUGUUAGCUACGACAUGUCGACCUCCGAGAUGUCGUUCAACCCACCACCUGCCACCGCACAAUCGCAAGGUGGCCAGACUGACGGCUCCUCACCGGCCCAUACGCGAUCGCGGUCCAUGUCUCGCGAGCGCAAGGGCUCGGAUGGUGCAUCCCUGGGCCCUCUGAACUCCAAUCCCCCGAGUGAGUCCGGACCGAUUCUUGACGAAGAGGAAGACUCUGAAGGCGUCCCGCCCGUGCCGCCGUUGCCCUCCGACUUCGCGGGAGCCGCGCACCCUGCGCCGCAGACCGCAACGAAGGACUACGCGACGUCGCUUGAGUUCGGCGCGCCGCACGUCCUGCCACCCUUGAAGGCCCCGAAGCAGCGGAGCAUCAAGAGCAGGGGCGGGGACACGGUCCGGUCAUCGACGUGGAGUAGCAUCCACUCGCCGGAUGAGCCCCUGCCGACAAUGGACUUACAGUCGCUGCUCAAGGGCAUCGAUUCACGUGUUGGUGAGGGGACCCUUGGGAACAUCACCAGGCCGCCUUACUAG